AUGAGCAUUGAACCUUUCAACAGGUUAGUGAAGCUAGCGGCUAGGGCGUUUUAUGAUGACUACACAACAAAGGGAGAUAAUCAACAAAAGAUUGGGCGUAGUGAUAACAGAGGAAUGGCGGUGGUGAUUCUCGAUGCUCUCACCAGACGCCAAUGGGUCAGAGAAGAGGAUCUGGCGAAGGAUUUAAAAAUACACACAAAGCAACUCCGGCGCACACUGCGGUUUUUCGAAGAAGAAAAGCUGGUUACUCGUGAUCAUAGGAAAGAGACGGCAAAAGGUGCAAAGUUAUACACUGCUGCAGUAGCGGCUACUACUGAGGUUCAACAUGGUAAAGAAGGGGAUGAUAAGGUUAAGCUACACACGCACUCAUACUGCUGCCUGGAUUACGCACAGAUAUAUGACGUUGUCAGGUACAGAUUGCAGCGCAUGAGGAAGAAAUUGAGGGAUGAAUCGGAAGGGAAAAAUACAAUUCAAGAGUAUGUGUGCCCCAACUGCGGGAGAAGAUACAAUGCUCUGGAUGCCCUGCGAUUGGUUUCCAUGGAAGAUGAAUUUUUCCAUUGUGAAAAUUGCAAUGGUGAACUUGUGGCAGAGAGCGAUAAGUUAUCUGUUCCAGAAGGAGGAGAUGCAGAUGAUAAUGCAAGGAGGAGGAGGCGCGAAAAAAUAAAGGACAUGCUUCAGAAAAUGGAUACGCAACUUAAGCCACUAAUUGAGCAACUGAACCUAGUGAAAGAUAUUCCUAUUCCUGAGUUUGGAAAUCUCCUAGCAUGGGAGGCUAGAGCAAGUGCUGCUGGUCGUGCUGGAAAUGGAUCUAAUUCCAAUGAUCCUUCAAAGUCAUCACAAGGAUAUGGUGGAGUACCAUUGCUAUAUCUUGGGGAGACGAAGGUUGAGGUUGCUUUUUCUGGUGUUGAUGGCAAGGAAGAGGAUGCCAAAUCUGUAAGUGCAGGCGCAGGGCUAAAAGUAUUACCACCAUGGAUGAUAAAACAAGGAAUGAACCUCACAGAGGAGCAACGAGGAGAGGUGAAGCAGGAGUCCAAGAUGGAUGGCAGCUCAUCAUCAGGGUUCUCAGAUGACAAGAAAACUGUCUCUGAAGAUGAUGAGAAAAAGAGUUUACAGGACGAGUACGCGAGAGCUUAUUAUGCUGCGAUCUUGGAGCAACAAGCAGCGCUAGAAGCUGCAAAUAAGCAACAGGAGGUGCUGGAAACUUCAGAUUUGAAUGGUCCUUAUGAAUCCUCGCCACAACGUCAAGUCGGGAUGAAGUUCAAGCGUGAAGACAAUGAGGGAGAUGAUGAUGUCGACUGGGAAGAGGCCCCACUGGGAGGUAACGAGACGAGCGAAAGUUACAGGGUGCAUGAUUUGAACGAGGAAGCAAAGGCUACUCCAGAGGACGAGGAUGAUGAUAUAGACUGGGAAGAAGGGUAG